AUGGGAGGCGCCGCUCCGGAAGUAAGGGCCGGAGGGCCACCAGGGCAUCAUACCCGGGUACAGUCAGGUGACAUUUACAUGGACAUUUAUGGAUACCGUACGACGGCAAUGAGAAAUUUCGUCUUCUACGCGCUGUCAUUCUGCACGCUCGGCAUUUUUCGGUUGCUGCUGCACUGGAAGGAGGAGUGGUACAUUUCGAUGCGAGCCGAGAAGUGUACACUUGAAGAGGCCACUAUUGUGUAUAUUAUUGACGAAAACCACACGAUCGUCUACCGGAGCGUGCAGAUAAUUCAGCAAAAAGCCGGCGGACGCCCGUUGAUAUUGCCAGAUGGAAAGGGGGACUAUAAAGAAGUGCCGCGAAUCCGCUUCUUCACGUUCCGCAAAAUGGUGUACGCCUGGUUCGAGGAGGACGGCAAAUUUAUGCCGCCGUCCAGCCUCGACAGCACGGCUCCUGUGAAGGUGUUCAUCGACAGGAUGGACGACAGCGCCGGGCUGACGACGGAGAAGGUCGACCAACGGCGCAUCACGUACGGUAAAAAUAUCAUCGAGGUGAAGCUCAAGCCGAUUGUGGUGCUCCUUUUCAAAGAAGCCAUCACGCCAUUCUACAUCUUUCAGGUCCUCAGUGUAAGCUUAUGGUAUUGGGAUGAGUACCUCUACUACGCUUCGGUGAUUGUCGUCAUUUCGGUCGGAUCGUUGGCGCUUGACGUUUAUCAGACGCGUGCCCAGGAGAAAAAGCUGCGCUCGAUGGUCCAUUCAACGGGCGAGAUCACGGUGCUGAGGGAUGGUGGGAAAUUGGUCACCUUUGACAGUUCCGAGGUGGUCCCCGGCGACAUCAUCGUCAUCCCAAAACUUGGCGGAGUAAUGCACUGCGACGCGAUCCUCAUGACGGGUACCGUAAUCGUGAAUGAGAGCAUGCUGACCGGGGAGAGUGUACCAGUCACGAAAGUGGCCAUGACGGGCAUCGACGAAGACAAUACGACCGGGGAUGUGCGAUUCGAUUUUGAGAAACACUCGAAACAUAUCUUGUUCUGCGGAACCCAGGUGCUGCAAACGCGUUUCUACGGCGGGCAUCACGUGCGGGCGAUGGUCAUUCGGACGGCGUUUUCCACGACCAAGGGCCAGCUUGUCAGAUCCAUCAUGUACCCGAAACCGGUCGACAUCGAAUUUAACAGGGAUCUGCUGAGGUUUGUCGGCUUCUUAUGUUGCAUCGCAUCGGUUGGAUUCGCCUACACGCUCGGCAUGAUGAUCCACUACCACGCGGCCUGGAAAAAGACGCUGAUCCGGUCGCUCGACUUGAUCACGUGCGUUGUACCGCCAGCUUUACCGGCUGCGAUGUCCGUGGGAAUCAUCAACGCGAAUGGGCGGUUGCGAAAGAAGGAUAUUUAUUGCAUUUCGCCGUCGGUGAUCAAUACUUGUGGUGCUAUUAAUGCGUGCUGCUUCGACAAGACGGGCACGCUCACGGAGGAUGGGCUCGAUUUUCAGACGCUACGACCUGUCCACCCGCCAUCCAAUUCCAGAAAACGUGCCGAAUUCGGGGAGGAGACGGCCGCGCUGGUGCCAAGCAAGAUGCCAAACAAUGCCGAAAUCAUCAAGGCCAUCGCCGCGUGCCAUUCGCUUACUAGAAUCGAAGGCGUGCUACAGGGAGAUCCGCUUGAUUUGAUCGUUUUUAAUCAGACGCAUUGGACGCUCGAUGAGGGAAAUCAAAGUGCCGAAGAAGAGACGAGUCAAUUCGAUCAGGUGCAACCGACCGUUGUCAGACCCCCACAAAACGACCGCGAUUUCUAUGGGGCUGACGAGUUUGCCGUCGUCCGGCAGUUUACUUUCAGCUCGGCACUGCAGCGAAUGUCGGUGAUUGUCGGAUCACCGAACGCCGUCAGCCAGCACGAAAUGACGAUUUAUUGCAAGGGCUCCCCGGAGAUGAUCCUCUCACUUUGCGAUCCGGCUACCGUACCCGCAGAUUAUUUGGAUCACGUCAACAAAUACGCCCAGCAUGGCUAUCGUCUUAUUUCGGUGGCCAGCCGACGGCUCGAUCUCAACUUUGCCCAGGCGCAAAAGGUCCCACGCCAAGACGUCGAGGCGGACCUCGAACUGCUCGGGCUUGUAGUGAUGGAGAAUCGAGUGAAGCCCGUCACCAAGGGGGUCAUCCGCCAGUUAAAUAGCGCUCGAAUUCGCACCGUAAUGGUGACGGGGGACAACUUGCUGACGGCGAUGAGCGUCGCCAGGGAAUGUGGAAUUAUACGAUCCGAUCGAAAGGCGUACCUCCUCGAGCAUCGCCCAGAUUCGAAGACACCCGACGGCCGGACCGUUCUUACGGUAAAGGAGAAUGUCUCUGCGGAUCCGGACGAUUUUGUGGAUUUGAGUGACGGCGCGGAGAAUGAGGUCGAAAAGAUGUUGACCUCGAAUUACCAGCUCAGCGUGGCAGGCGGCACUUUCGCAGUAAUCACCCGCGAAUACCCGGAGAUACUCGACGACCUGAUGGCUGUAUGCGACGUGUUCGCGCGUAUGGCGCCGGAACAGAAGCAAUAUCUGGUGAAUUACCUCCAGACGCUCGAGUAUACCGUGUCAAUGUGUGGUGAUGGGGCGAACGAUUGUGCUGCGCUUAAGGCAGCGCACGCGGGAAUCUCGCUCUCCGACGCCGAGGCAUCCAUUGCAGCCCCGUUCACCUCAAAAGUGGCCGACAUCCGGUGUGUGCCUACCGUAAUCCGAGAGGGUCGAGCCGCCCUUGUUACUUCUUUUGGCGUCUUCAAGUACAUGGCAAACUACUCCAUUGCGCAGUUCACCUCGGUGAUGUUGAUGUACUACCGGCUGACGAAUUUGACGGAUUUCCAGUUUUUGUACAUCGACCUGUUCCUCGCCACCUUCAUUGCGCUGUUCUUUGGAAAUACCGGAGCAUGCGACUACCUGGCUCGGAUACCGCCACCAACAAAACUGCUCUCCAUCGCCUCGGUGGUCAGCGUCGUCGGUCAGAUGGCAAUUUAUGCGGCAGCGCAGUUCUUCAUCUACGUGUGGGUGACGCGGCAACCGUGGUUUUUUAUGAAUAUUCUGCAAGAAGACUAUUCAGAUGCCGAUCUACGCUCACAUCAAGGAACCGCCACGUGGUGCCUGUCGCUAUUCCAGUACAUCGUCUUGGCCUUCUUGUAUAGUAAAGCGGCGCCAUACCGGCAGACAAUCCUGAACAACAAGAUGCUCUGCUUCGCCAUCGCCCUCACCACGGCGGUCUCCCUGUACAUUACGCUGUGGCCGGCCGGGUGGGUGAUCAGCUUCCUGGAGUACGACCCGAUACCGUACUUUGAGGAUCGACUUUUCGUGGUGGUGGUUUCUGCCGCCUGCUGCGGAGUCUCCUACCUUUUCAACAAGAUUGUCAUCGAGUAUCUGAUUCUGUUUCGGCUGGAAAAGUGGCGAAAAAUCCGGAAGCUGCGCGACCCGACAUCAACGAUCCCCAAAUGGGAACGCAUCAUUUUGCGAAUCGGCAAGGACGUGUCGUGGUUGGGGAAAUAUGCGGAAAUCGAGGGAAUCGCCGAAAAGCCAAAAACCAACGGUUUUCACCCCAAGUUUUCCACUGGAAAAGUCCGGAAAAGCGAACUCGUUGACCAGAUUGACGAAUUUACGCCUUUA